AUGAAUCGCUCGAUUUUUCCUGAAGUAUAUCCGCCAAGAGCAAAUUUGUGUCCCCUGUUGGUUUUUAACUCGUUUGAUGAUGAUAACAUUAACAACACCGUCUUCAACUUUGUGGAUCCAAUGCAUAAUGAUAAGUACUCUAUGAAGAAGGAUCUUCAUUCUGAAUUGUUGGCGGGUGCUUCAAUCCGUUUUUCCAAGUAUGGUUGGCUAUUACUAAUUUCGAAAGACAUGAAAACUCCGUUCUUCUACAAUCCAUUCACAAACGUAAUUAUCCGACUUCCUGAUUUUCCUGAUCCAGGCCAUAAGUUAUUCUUGAGUGGUAUGUCAUUCUCGUCUUCACCUACUUCUCCACAUUGUGUAGUUUUUGCAAUUCAACCUGGAAAGGAUAAUAGAAUCUCAAUCUACGCAAUUAAAAGAGGAAGUUGUGAUUGGAAGUAUCUUGUCCUUCAUAACUGUGAUGAUUCUUUCGUGCCAUGUUUAAACAAUCCGGUUUUCUUCCGCACGGGCUUCUUCUGCUUAGAUUAUUCUGGAACUUUAGGAUGUUGUGUUGCAAAUGAUGACGAUAAAAACAACAAUGGACUGGAUUGGGCAGUUUAUGGUGAUCCUAUAAAGCAGUUUGACGAUGCAUUUCCAAGUUACUUGGUAGAAUGUGAUGGAGAUCUUUUACUAUUGAACGUAGGGACUAUCGGAGAAACGGUUGGAGUAUUUAGAUUGGAUUGGACGAACGAGGUCUGGGUUAAAGUUGAAAGUUUGGGAAAACAUAUGUUGUUCAUCAGCAAUACCUCUAGUUUCUCAGCAAUUGCUCCUCCCAAUAGUCAAAUGGAGAACAAAGUCAACUUCCCAAGAUUACAUAAAGAUGGAAGAAGCGUAUUAUUUUAUUCUCUUGACACAGGUAGGUACCAUUACUCUAUUCGAACUCGAGCACAACAAAACAGUGUUGAUGCUGCUACCAACUUCUAUUACACAAAGGAGAUGUGUAACUGUACUUGGAUUGAGCCUGACUGGUCACAGAUGAGUACACCUACUGAUGAAGAUGGCGUUGGUUGGCUUAGCUAG